AUGGAGUUAGCGGAGAUUAAGAAGGUUAGUGUUGACGAUUUAAAGGAGUUUUUAGUUGAAAAUCACAAACAGUUUAGCGUUCUUAAUGUCAGUUUAAAAAGCAUUGCUAGCACAAAGCGAACCAAUAUCACACUAAGCAAAAAUAGUGUGCGGUCUUUUUAUAAAAAAGAACCAAAAACUAGUCUAACCGAAAAAGUGCGAAAGUUGGAAAAAGACUUAAAAGAUGAUUGCUUAACGGACGCCCAAAAUUGUGCUUACUUCAAAUACUUCAACCGGAAAGAAAAGCGGUUAUACAUUAGAUUUUUAGAUAAAAUUGAGGCUAAUUUUGAAGGAAUGGAGGCCAGACAACCUGCCCUUUUUCUCACUCUCACUUUUAACACACGACAGGAUAAUUUAUACGCUUUCACUACGAACGCCGACCCUAGCCAUGAUCCCGGAAAAAAAACUCUCGGGCAAUAUCUCGCUAAAUAUUUAGCCAAAAGUUUUCAUUUGCGGUCGCUCUACCGAGAACACGGAUUUAAAGAGCAUAACAAAGCCUACCGCUUUUUUAAAAAUCUUUAUGAUUACGAGGAAAGAGAAGCCGUUUUAAUUGGUAAAGGCAAAUUUGAUAAAGAAACCAACCAAAGAUUAAACGGCAACCAGCAUUUAUUCCGUCGUGCCGAUAACACUUAUUUUUACCGGACUAACGAGCAACAAAUUGGCAGCGUCGCCCAGCCUUUACACUUAAAGAAAAAUUUUCGUUUGUCUACUUCACUCAACCCGGUUAACCUGGCGAAAUUAGCCCGAAAAAACCAAAAGAAAGAAAGCCUAAAUUUGAGUUUCGGCCGAAAGAAAAAGAAAAUUUUUACUUACGAUUUCCAAGAGUUUGUAAUUACUAACUUGUUAGCCUUAUGCCAAAAAGCCGAGUUCAGUAAAGUUCCGCUUGAAGCCGAGCAAGUCCCCAAAGAAGGUGGCCGUUGCGAUAAAUCUGUUUUGAGCCAUUUUCAAACUAAAUCCGUGCUAAAUUUCACUUUCACUCCGGAGAACGCCGAACUCGCUCAACAAUUUUUUAACCAGUUAGACGAUUACGCGGAAGAAUACGAAGCCAUAGAGGCGAAAGACUUUUUUAAUCCGCAAAUUUCCGAUCCGAUUAUCAGCCGUAAUGCUUACCUAAACCA